UGGGUGCAAGGUCUCUACGUUAAAUCUAGGUGAGAUUGAGUGUGAGCACCUGUUCACAUUCUCUCCCUUCAGGAUAUAAUUCAACAAUCUUUUGCAUUAGCCUUUAAGCCAGAUCCGUCAGCCGGGCAUUCCCGUCUCAUUGGUGCAUGCAAGUACGCCCUAUGUCAGAUACUACCCCAACAUGGCAUGUCAUAUAUGCACGAUUUCUUACUAGGCUACAGCGUAUUACGCCCUCGCUAGUAAAUGCGGGUCGACUCCGCGCAGGAACUGUGCGUCCGUGUUUCUUGAUGCUCAAACAGGACCUCUCAUAUCAGAUUGCAUCUUCAAUAGGUCGUGAUUAUGAGUUACUGUAACGCUGAGUAUCCGC